CCGUCCCAGGCAGGAUGGCCUCUCAAGGCCCCCGGAAGCUGGAGGAGAAGCUAGUCUGCUCCAUCUGCCUGGAGAUGUUUGGGACAGCGGUGACCAUGCCCUGUGGACACAACUUCUGCAUGAAGUGUAUCAACAACCACUGGGACAAGGAAGAGAAGGAGGCUCCUCCAGGCGAGAAGGACUACACCUGCCCCGACUGCAGGAAACGCUUCGAGAAGCGGCUGGAACUCAGGAAGAACGUCGCCCUUUGCAGCGUGGUGGAGCUGGUCAGGUCUGGGGAAGUGCAGGCCUCCAGCGCCGAGAGGAAAACCCCCGCCAAUGGAAGGAGGUGCUCCAGGCAUGGGCGGCCACUGGAGCUAUACUGCCAAGAGGACAAGAUGUGCAUCUGCUGCGUGUGCACGGUGCAGGAGUGCCGGGACCACCACAGGGUCCUGUUCGAGGAGGAGCGCAAGAGAAAGGAGGUCCUUUUGGAAGAGUCUCUGGCAAAAACCCAGGAGGAGACAGUAAAGACCGAGGAGGAGAUCCACAAACUGGAGGAACAAACUGGCACCAUAAAGGAUUCUUCAGAGAGGCUGAAAUCGGGGAUUUUGCAGAAGUUUGCCCACCUGAUGAAAGAGCUGGAGGAGUGCCAGAGGGGGGCCGUGGACAAGAUAGAGCAAGAGCAGGCCACUGCCCUAGGGCAAGUGGAGGAGAACUGGAGCCAGCUGCAGGAUCAUCUGACAAUGCUCACCCAGCACCGGCAAAAGGCCCAGGAGCUGCUGAUCUGUGUGGAUGACAUGAAAUUCCUAGAGGAAUUCCUGCUGCUCCCUUCUCUGGCCAGCCUGGGAGUUUUGCCAGCUGUUGAAUUCAAUGUGGCCAGCACGGUGGAUUCCACUGCUAAGAUCCUCACCGAGGUCUCGAGACUUUUGCUGGAGGAUUUGCCCAAUUCCCUGAACCCAAAGGCGGCUGAUGCUGAAACCAAAGAGUCAACCAAGCCAAAGUCGCUUACUGUGAUGAAGGCAGGACCAGCCCUUCCCGAGUGUGAAUUAAGAGUGGAGCUUCUGAAGGAUCAUCGAAAUUUGACCUUCGACCCAGACACAGCCAAUAAGUACCUGCAGCUGUCCAAUCAGAACCAAAAGGCCAAGCACACCCAUUCUCCUGAUGGCCUUUGUCAGGAUCAUGCCGACAGGUUUGAGCUGUGGCAGGUUCUGUGCAGCCAAAGCUAUAGCCAAGGCCGCCACUACUGGGAAGUCAGGAUCUCCAGCCACUCCGUCAUCCUAGGAGUAACAUACAAGAAAAUCCAGAGGAAGAAGCGAGCGGGUCGCUCCUUCAGCAUCGGACUGGAUGGAUUGUCCUGGGGGCUGCAGAUCCGGGAGGACUGCUACUUGGCCUGGCACGAGGGCCAGUGGCAUAAGAUCAGGGCGCCCUUGUACAAAUGCCUCGGAGUCAGCCUGGACUAUGGCACAGGCGUCCUGUCGUUCUAUGGCAUCGGGGACGAGAUGAAGCUCCUCCACUCUUUCCACUGUGUCUUCACCGAGCCCCUCUACCCAGUCUUCUGGCUCUGCGAAGGCAGAGCCGUCACCCUUUGCCAACAGAACUGAGCCAGCAGCUGGGAUGCAGAAGCCACGCCAUAGCCAGCGGGGCGUAUCCCAUCUUGCAGCCAGCUGCCUGGCUUUAUUCGGUGGGCAGCCUACUAAAGUUGUAGCCAGGACUGGAGGGGUCACAAUGCAGUUGGUUUGACAGGGCCGAGGCGAUGGGGUUGCAAUGAAUUAAACACGGGCAGAUGAGGCGGGGACCCUGAAAAGCAAAGAAACGUGGCUGGAAUGAAAAUUGCCCAAGUAGUUCAGCCCUAUGUAAAUUAGAGUUAGGUGGCAGGAGACCUCUCACAAGGAUCCCCUGCUGGAAGAGCUGAAGCUAAUGGGAUUCAGAAGGCACCUGGCAUCAGUCUUGUUGCGUGUGGAACGUCAUUGCCCGUCUCCAGCCCAUGUGACAUUAACAUGGAGGAAUUAGGAUCCUGUGGUGGCACCAUGAAAGGGCUGCAGUUUGGGAGGCUCUGAUGGGAUGGUGGCAGGAGAGGAGAUAGCACAGCUUGAUGUCCCAACCCUCAUUUUCUCUGCCUCCCAGAACCUUGGACAGUCACCUCCUGCUUUUUGUUCUGCAGAGCAGUUGCUAUCAGAGAGGUGUCCUUGCAUAGGCGCCGACUCCAUGGUGCUCCAGCCCCGGAGCA